AUGGGCCUUCUUUUCUUUCAUUCUCUCCAACGUUCCCAAAUUCAAAAUUUUGAAUCUCUCGGAGUAUGGGCUCUCCCGUCGGCGACGAUCACCGGAGAUUCCGUCAAGCAUAGGUCUCAGCACCUCCCGCACCGCCAUGGAGUCCGGGUAGUGGGAAAGAUCAGACCUUUCAUUGAUAAAGAUCCGUCCUUGUUGAAUCGUUCUCAGGUUUCAGUCGUGAAAGCAGAUGGAGGCCAUGCGGUGAUCUCUUUCACGGAUCAUUCUGCAAGUCGUUAUGAAUCUUAUAAGUUGGAUUGGUGCUAUGAGCAAGAUGAGAGAAUUGAUCAGAUUUUUUCGAAGGAGAUCAAGCCACUGCUUUGUGGUGUAUUGCGUGGGAGUAAUGCAUGUGUUCUUGGUCAUGGAGCUCGUAGAAGUGGCAAAACACAUACAAUUCAGGGCUCUGAGGAGAAUUCUGGCUUAGCACCAAUGGCUGUCUUUGAGCUUCUAGCACUUGUUGAGGAAAGUGGAGGAGGUUCAGUGAGCAUAUCUUGUUAUGAAGUUAAUCAAGAUCAUAUAUAUGAUGUUUUGGAACCAAAAGAACAAGAGGUACUUGUUUUAGAAGACGCUGGAAGAAGAAUUCAGCUCAAGGGCCUUUCUCGGGUUCCAGUGAAAUCAGUUUCAGAUUUUAAAAGAACGUACUUUAAGAGAUGCAACUCUGAUGCACAACUGAGGAGCCAUAAAGGCUUGAUUAUCUAUGUUGCUACUGUGGACAAGGAAACAAACACUAACCACCUGGGAAAGAUAAACUUUAUCGAUUUAGCAGGUUAUGAGGAUGUUAAGCGUAUAAUUGACCCUAAGCCUCAUUUGUCUGAGAGUGCAAAGAUUAACAAGUCAUUGUUUCAACUGCUAAAUGUGGUUUAUGCAUUGAAUGCAAAUGAGACGUAUGUCCCAUAUCGAGAAAGCAAACUCACUCGUUUGAUGCAGGACUUCAUGUGCAAAUCAAGUAGUGCUGUGCUGCUUACUUGUUUGAAUCCGGUUUUAUGUCAAGACACAGCUCACGUAGUCAGCAUGGCUUCUCGGUCAUGUCAAGUGGUAAAUCAAUAUCGGCAUGACUCUUCCAGGAAGCAUAAGAGUAGUCUGUGGCAAGGUCUUCCAUGUUCCCCUUCUGCCGGUAGGACUGGCUCAAUGAACUCCUCAACUAAGAAAAAUGAAAAUAUUCAUUUUGGGUCAAUGGGAAAGAAAGGGAACAAUGCUACGCCAAUGACUAAGAAGGGAGUUGGUUUCACUCCAGCAGCUUAUGGAAGAUUUGUAGAGUUUAUCAAAAGCUUGCUAUUUCCCAAAUGCCGUGCAGUUCAGCAAAGGAAAGUCAGACAUUUUCAGCCCGGUUCUGUUGAAAAGGAUACAAAAGAUAUGCCACUAAGGAAGUUGUUUGAUGGUUCAAGUCGUAUAACUGCCUCCACCCAGGAUGAAGUUUUGAUUGCUUCUGAAGCUGUAGAGCAUUCCUCACAGGAAGAGGUAGAAUGUAUUUCACAAGUUGUUGAACAUUCCUCAUCAGAUGAGGCUGCUCUUACACUAUCAAAUACAAUCAAAGAGUUGGAGAGAGUGGAUGUUGUUCCAGCUACAGAGCCCAGUGUCAUUCAAACUAUCAACAAAACAGCAAUUUCAGAUCCUCUUGAUGACCUAAAGAAAGACAAUAGCAACAUCGGAGAAUCUUCACCACCAUUAAGUGAGAGGAUAAGAGAAAUAUCAAACUCACUGAGGCUUUUAAGUUGUCAACCAUUAGGAGUAAACACACCACAACCUGAUGCAUUAUUUACUAAAGGAGUAAAUGUGGACCACAUGGAUUCAAAAACUCCAGUUCCAUUUAAUUUGAAUUUAGAUGAGAAUUCAGCAUUUGGAAAUACUUUUACGCCACAAGACAGAUUAAGAACACGGAGUACAGGAUUGAAGAAAUCUCUAGUUCAUGAAUGUCUGGCUUUCCUAAAUAGUGCUAACAAGGAAGAGCUGAAAUCACUUAAGGGAAUAGGAGAGAAAAGAGCUUCUCACAUAAUUGAACUCCGUGAAUCUGAAACUGAACCUUUCAAGGAUGUAGACGACAUUAAAGCUUUAGGACUGUCUUCUAGACAGGUAGAAGAUAUGAUAACAAGCGUACUAGGAGCUAUAUGAAGUUUUACUUUUUUCUGACCAAGA